AUGUCUUCUCUGUAUGCAAUCGAGACUGACUCUCUUCCAUUGCCCAAAAAACUUCACUUAUUCUCAGCACGUACAAAAGCAUUACCAAACGUCAAUGCUUCCCUGGGUCUAUUAAAAGAAUGGAUAGUCUAUGUAGCUAAAAACUCGGAUGGGAUAUUCUUAGCGUCGAAUGCUUUACUAGAACUCCCGCCUCCUCCAUUUUUUUCUGCAGACCUAGGUAACCCAGAGUUCUGGAAUAUGCAUUGUCAAAUGAGAACGGUUGAUACCGGUCGUUACCAGUCAUUUCGUAUCCCGAAAACCAUUACUGUUGAAACGAUACCAAAGGUGGAAGAAAGUAGUCAUGUUGUGGAUAGGGUAAUCACAAAUAUGGGCACCCUCAUUACAAUUUUAAGCAAUCGUUAUGAAUAUGAGACGGUGUUCCCGAUUUUUGCAGUUGAACUGCCAAUUCGAUUAAUGCAAUUUGUGAUCAGACGUGCAUCUUUGAAAUACAUUCAUGCAUUACCGCCUUUCUACCCGAGUUUAAGUGAAAUGAAGGAAGGUGUUAUACUAGGAGGACUCGAUUACGAACUGAAACAAUUGAAAAAACAGCGUAAAGCAUACGCAAAAAAAUUAGUAAACGAUGACGAACAAGGAUUCAAGGAUUUACAAUUCAUUUAUCGUGAAUUUCGUGAUCGGUUGCACGCGUUACGUGAAAAUCACGAUCCUCCAUUUGUUGUUUGUUUCUCGUUGGUUGACGAUCAACCAAUCAUUAUUUGGUUCCGUCAACGUGAAAAUCCAGCAUUGAUGCGAUAUUUACCCGGAUUUUGGAACGUGGAAGGUAAAAAAGAAAAGAACCAGAGAGUGAACUCGGAAAAUGAUGACGGUGUAAGAAACUUUUUCUGGCCAAGGUUUAGUCAUCCAAAGGAAAUGGUACGAAUUCCACAACAUCUGUGUAAUAAUUUGAAAUGUCAAAAGUCUGAAGGAGAUUUGCAGGAUGAAGACGGAGCUUUGUUGUUGACGUUUUUUGAUUAUCGUAGAAAGCAACUCGAUGAAGAUGGUAAUUAUAUUGAUGAUUCGGCGGAAGAUGAGGCUGCUCUAGCUGAUGUCAAAAAGCUGAUUAUAGAAGACAUAAAGUAG